AUGUUGUCCAUUGCAAAAAAUAAUGGUUUCCGCACCGUCACACCCAUUUAUCGGUUUCUUUCUACCGGCUCUGCAUUGUUGUCGAAAUAUUCCGCAACACAAAGGGGAGAGAAUUAUUGUCUAACAUUUGAAACCAAACAGAAUGAGGAGAAGCCGUUUGCUUUCGAUAAAGUUUUCGGUCUGAAGCAAAAGGAGGAAAAACCUUUUGCUAAUGAGUUCUUUGGUCUAAAGCAGAAAGAGGAAAAACCAGUUUUCAACGACGUCUCCUGCAAAAAGCGCAAUGAGGAAAAGUCCUUCGCAGAAAACGUGUUUGGAACUAAGAUAAAUGAAGAGAAACCCUUCGAGACGCAGAUCUUCGGUCUGAAGCAGAAAGAGGAAAAGCCAGUUGUCAAUGACAUCUCCUGCAAAAAGCGCAAUGAGGAAAAGUCCUUCACAGAGACGAUCUAUGGAACCAAGCUUAAUGAGGAGAAGCCCACCUGUCAACAGAUCUUCGGUCUGAAGCAGAAAGAGGAAAAGCCAAUUGUCAAUGACAUCUCCUGUAAAAAGCGCAAUGAGGAAAAAUCCUUCCUUGAAACUAAGAAAACCCUCGAGACAAAAGAGGAAAAGCCCACCUGUCAACAGAUCUUCGGUCUAAAGCAGAAAGAGGAAAAGCCAGUUGCCAAUGACGUCUCCUGUAAGAAACGCAAUGAGGAAAAGUCCUUCACAGAGUCGAAAAUGGAAUGGAGAAAAGUCGCUCCCAAUGAGGAAAAGUCCUUCACGAUCUAUGGAACCAAGCUUAAUGAGGAGAAGCCCACCUGUCAACAGAUCUUCGGUCUGAAGCAGAAAGAGGAAAAGCCAAUUGACAAUGACAUCUCCUGUAAAAAGCGCAAUGAGGAAAAAUCCUUCCUUGAAACUAAGAAAACCCUCGAGACAAAAGAGGAAAAGCCCACCUGUGAACAGAUCUUCGGUCUGAAGCAGAAAGAGGAAAAGCCAGUUGCCAAUGACGUCUCCUGUAAGAAACGCAAUGAGGAAAAGUCCUUCACAGAGUCGAAAAUGGAAUGGAGAAAAGUCGCGUCGAAAAUGGAAUGGAGAAAAGUCGCUCCCAAUGAAGAAAAGUCCUUCACGAUCUAUGGAACCAAGCUUAAUGAGGAGAAGCCCACCUGUCAACAGAUCUUCGGUCUAAAGCAGAAAGAGGAAAAGCCAGUUGCCAAUGACGUCUCCUGUAAGAAACGCAAUGAGGAAAAGUCCUUCACAGAGUCGAAAAUGGAAUGGAGAAAAGUCGCUCCCAAUGAGGAAAAGUCCUUCACGAUCUAUGGAACCAAGCUUAAUGAGGAGAAGCCCACCUGUCAACAGAUCUUCGGUCUAAAGCAGAAAGAGGAAAAGCCAGUUGCCAAUGACGUCUCCUGUAAGAAACGCAAUGAGGAAAAGUCCUUCACAGAGUCGAAAAUGGAAUGGAGAAAAGUCGCAAAACCCUCGAGACAAGAGGAAAAGCCCACCUGUGAACAGAUCUUCGGUCUGAAGCAGAAAGAGGAAAAGCCAGUUGCCAAUGACGUCUCCUGUAAGAAACGCAAUGAGGAAAAGUCCUUCACAGAGUCGAAAAUGGAAUGGAGAAAAGUCGCGUCGAAAAUGGAAUGGAGAAAAGUCGCUCCCAAUGAGGAAAAGUCCUUCACGAUCUAUGGAACCAAGCUUAAUGAGGAGAAGCCCACCUGUCAACAGAUCUUCGGUCUAAAGCAGAAAGAGGAAAAGCCAGUUGCCAAUGACGUCUCCUGUAAGAAACGCAAUGAGGAAAAGUCCUUCACAGAGACGAAAAUGGAAUGGAGAAAAGUCGCUCACUGUUAGUGAAGAAGAAGAACUUACUAGCAGAAGAGCAGCCGUUCGAUUUUUAGCAAAAAUUCGUAGCUAAUCAAAUUAUCAUAUUUGUAUUUUUCGCUAAAUAAAAAAUAAAAUAAAAAAUAA